UCCCCUAAAACCCUGCAAUUCUCUACUGGUCUGAUUUCCCUAAACCCACAGCCACUUGAAGGGCAGUUACCUUUCCCCUUCUUCUUAAAUGGCAGUGGACAAGAACAAGCUUGACGAAGAAGCUUUAAGUCUACGCUUCUACAAAAUUGUUCUAAGUUGGGACUACCUUCGUCUCAUCAAAGAAUCCGAUCGGACGAACAAGAAAGAUAAAGGAGGGGAUGAAGACAAUGCUCUUGUUCUGAAAAAAGCCAAGAACUCGUACAAAGACGUUGAAGAUUAUCUUGCAACAUUCGAGCCUCUUUUAUUUGAAGAAGUGAAAGCUCAAAUUGUACAAGGGAAAAAAGAUGACGAAGAAGAGACACAAUGGAUGGAAGCAGUAACUGUAGGGUGCAGUGAGGUUGACGGAUUUCACUUUCCAAUGAUUUCAUGCAGUGAUGUUGAAUCAAUAUCACAGAAUGAUCUGUUGUUACUUUCAAAUAAGGAGUUUGGAGACGGUAAGAGACUCCCAACUGCAUAUGCGUUUGCGUUGGUUGAGGAUCGUCGACCAGACAAAAUAAGACUUCGGAUGCAUCUUAGUGGAGAGUUCAAACAAUUGAAUACAGAGGAGACUGAAGCUUGCUCGAGGCUUUUGAGUAUGCGUCCUCUUGUUACAGAAAAUUCGAAGCUCUUAUAUGUUCUUAAGAUAUGCAGUUUAUCAACUAUAGCCCGUGAAUAUGUUGCUCUGCGGUCAGUGAGCUCUCUCCCAUUUAAGGAUUUGAUACUAUCAGCAGCUGAAAGCAAUCGUUCUACAGAAGAUCAUGCCUGGAAAAUAUCUAGACCCUUGAAGGAAUUUCUUGAAAGCAAUCAUAACAAGUCUCAGCUUGAUGCUAUUAAUGCAGGGCUUUCAAGGAAAACUUUUGUGUUAAUACAGGGUCCACCAGGGACUGGAAAAACACAAACUAUCCUUGGGCUUCUCAGUGCCAUUUUGCAUGCAACUCCUGCUAGAAUACACUCCAACAGGGUGAAGUUGAGUGGUGUAAAACGUGGACCAGAAUUAUCCAUGGCAGACAAAUACAAACACUGGGGACAAGCCUCUCCAUGGUUAGCUGGGAUUAAUCCUCUAGACCAAGAAAUGCCAAUAGAUGGGGAUGAUGGAUUUUUUCCUACAUCUGGCAAUGAAAUGAAACCAGAAGUAGUUAAUUCCAGUCGAAAGUAUCGUGUUCGUGUUCUAGUUUGUGCUCCGUCAAAUUCUGCUCUUGACGAGAUUGUAUUGCGCAUUCUAAACACUGGUAUCCGGGAUGAAAAUGACCAUGCAUACAGCCCUAAAAUAGUACGAAUUGGUCUUAAAGCUCAUCAUUCUGUGCAGGCAGUCUCCAUGGAUUACCUAGUGGAACAAAGACUGUCCGGCAUGGACUCACAAGCUGGUGAUAGGCAGAAGCAAGGAGGGCCUGUGAAAGAUAAAGACAGUAUUCGUGCUUCUAUUCUGGAUGAGGCUGUAAUUGUGUUCUCCACUCUCAGCUUCAGCGCUUCCCCCGUUUUCACUAAAUUGAAUCGUGGUUUUGAUGUUGUUAUCAUAGAUGAGGCUGCUCAAGCUGUGGAACCAGCGACACUUCUCCCGUUGUCCAAUGGAUGCAAACAAGUAUUCCUGGUCGGUGAUCCAGUUCAACUGCCAGCCACUGUGAUCUCACCUAUUGCUGGAAAAUUUGGAUAUUGCGUCAGCUUAUUUGAGAGACUUCAGAGGGCGGGAUAUCCAGUACAGAUGCUGAAGACUCAAUAUCGCAUGCAUCCAGAGAUAAGGAACUUUCCUUCCAGAGAAUUUUACGAGGAGGCUCUUGAAGACGGACCUGAUGUUGAAGAGCAGACAAAGCGCUCUUGGCACGAAUACCGUUGCUUUGGACCUUUUUCCUUUUUUGACAUACAUGAUGGGAAGGAAUCCCAGCCAUCAGGAAGUGGUUCUUGGCAAAAUGUUGAUGAGGUUGAAUUUGUGCUUGCAAUGUAUCGCAAACUGGUCUCCAGAUAUCCAGAGCUUAAAUCAAGUUCCCGGUUAGCUAUUAUAUCACCAUAUAGGCAUCAAGUCAAACUUUUGCGUCAAAAGUUUCGAGAAACAUUUGGAGUGGAGUCUGACAAAGUAGUUGAUAUCAACACUGUUGACGGUUUCCAGGGACGUGAAAAGGAUGUUGCAAUAUUUUCAUGUGUUCGAGCAAGCAAAGAUAAAGGCAUUGGUUUUGUUGCGGAUUAUCGGCGAAUGAAUGUUGGCAUAACCAGAGCACGGUCUUCUGUCCUGGUUGUUGGUUCUGCAUCCACGUUAAGAAGAGACAAACGUUGGCAAAAUUUAGUUGAGAGCGCGGAGCAGAGAAAUGCGCUCUACAAGGUUUCCAAGCCCUACGAUGAAUUCUUUAGUCAGGAGAAUCUCAAAUUAAUGGAAGUGGAAGCUGUGCAUGACAAACCUGAGGCACCUCCAGAAGAUAUGGACAUUGAAGUGCCCGUUGCUGCUGAAGCUGAUCAAGCCCCACCCGAAGAACAUGAUUGGGGUGAUGCUGGAGAAGAAGGGGGCUACGAUGAGGACUAGGUUCGUCUAUAAUUGUUUCUGCCAUCAUUCUUUGACCAAUAUGAACUGCAUUGCAAGAUUGUUCCCGAAGGCUCUCAUUCGUAUGUACACUAGACGUAAUUUAUAGGAAUCAUAAUGAUGUCCCAAUCAUUUUAGUAUAGAGACUGAAUUUCAGUUGAUUAUUAGGAGCUUGGAACAACUUGACAUAGAUUGUGUAGGGCUAAUCUUAUCAUAAAUGAUUAUUUGUACGUGGUGUUUCAAAAGGGUUGUCAUAAUGUAAUAUUAAAUCAGCAG